UUGAUUUUCUGCGCCUUUAUUUCUAAAAUGCGUUGAAUUGAACCGGUGCGUUUCACUGCCAUGACCGUUUGCGACUAUCCUGAAUGCUGAGUCCGAGACUCAACAGACGAAUCUACCCCCAAGUCGCCCGCUUGACGAAGCAAAAUUUGCUUCUGAGUUCUGAUAAGAAACAAAGCAAAAAGGGGGGAAAAUGGCAGUUUUAACUGUACUAACAAGAUCGAUAGGGCAACACUGCCUAAAAAGAUCGAAACCUUCUAUCAUCCCUCAAAAUUUUCCUUCUCAUAAUUCUCGGUUCCAAACACUCAGAACUCUGAUUUUGGAACCCUCUUUAUCCGAAUCCGUCAAGCUCCACCGUCUCUCCGACUCCGAUUCCGGAAUUAUUGAGGUUACUUUGGAUAGGCCUGAAGCCAAAAAUGCUAUUGGGAAUGAUAUGUUGGGAGGCUUACGCCAUGCCUUUGAAGCUAUUGAUACAGAUUCCUCUGCUCAUGUAGUUCUGAUCUCUAGCUCAGUUCCUAAGGUUUUCUGCGCUGGCGCUGAUUUAAAGGAACGAAAGAAGAUGACUGCUUCUGAGGUUCAUUCAUAUGUCAACCACUUGCGAUCCACUUUCUCGUUAAUAGAGGAACUUCAAAUUCCUACUAUUGCUGUUAUUGAAGGUGCAGCAUUGGGUGGAGGACUUGAAAUGGCUCUGUCAUGUGAUCUUAGGAUCUGCGAGGAAAAUGCAUUUUUGGGUUUGCCUGAAACAGGACUUGCCAUAAUUCCUGGUGCAGGUGGGACUCAAAGACUUCCUAGAUUGGUUGGAAAAUCAAUAGCAAAGGAACUUAUUUUUACCGGCCGGAGAAUUGGUGGCAGGGAUGCAAUAUCUAUGGGUCUUGUCAAUUACUGUGUUCCUGCUGGUGAGGCUUAUCCCAAAGCUUUAGAAAUUGCGCGGGAAAUAAAUCAGAAGGGUCCAAUAGCUAUAAGGAUGGCAAAAAGGGCUAUCAACGAGGGGCUUGAGAGAGAUAUAGCUUCGGCUUUCGAUUUAGAAGAAGAGUGCUAUGAACGGAUUUUGAAUACAAAGGAUCGCUUGGAAGGCUUGGCAGCUUUUGCUGAGAAGCGGAAGCCCAGAUAUACUGGUGAAUAAGAAAGACCUGGACUAUUACUAAAUAACAGCUUCCAAACAACUUUAUUUCUUAUAAAUGUUUUCGAUUUGUUUUAAAUUCGGACCUUCGAGAAGUCUGUAUGUUGGAUGAACUCUUUAUUCUAACUAAAAUAUAAAAAAUAAAUUGCAUGCCAAAGUCAGUUCUA